CCUCAUGACUUCCUCAUUCAUGUUCUCUCCCUCUCUCCCUCUCUCUCUCCUCUCCCAAGCAUAUGCUGAAUCGUGACGGCACCAUAUAUAUAUGAAGGCCCAGCCUCCAUUGCAAUCCAAACCGAAACCACCGAUAAAUUGAUUGACUAAUAAAGAGUAGAGAGUCGAUGGAGGGAUCAAAGGAGGACACCGGUGGCGGGAUUGGCUUCUUUCAGAUGCCACUUCACUACCCGAGGUACACGAGGCAGGACUACCAGGCCAUGCCCGAGUGGAAGCUCGACCAUCUCCUGGCCCAGUACGGGUUGCCCACCAACCUCAGCACCCUCGACUACAAGAGGGAGUUCGCUAUGGGCGCUUUCCUCUGGCAGAGUUCACCUGAUCAAGGGCGCUACUCUCCUUCAAGCUCCUCUAUUGACUGCAGCGGCCUCGCGGACUCCUCGCUGCUUCAGAAGAUCAAGUAGAUGGCAGCAACUAUCCUGUCAUAUGAUCUGUUACUGUGUUAUAUAUCUUUGUUUGUUAUAUAUUUUGUUUUGGGGAAUUCCAUUUCCCCGAUGCUUCCAUGCCUGCCUACCAAAUGUGACAUUCAUAAUAUUCGAGCCACUUAAGUCAAUAAUUACAUAUGGGAUGAAUAAAAGUUAAGGGCAGAUAAGGAAAAGAUGAGCAAUCCAUUUGACGAAAAGCACGGGUUUAUAAAA